CCGCCACCGCCACCGCCGCCGCCACCGCCACCGUCGUCACCGGCUCCAUGGCCGCCGCAGCCGCCGCCAUGAGCUCCGCCUUCUCCUCCUCCAUCAACGCCCUCAAGUGCUGCCUCCACUCCGCUACCUCUCCCUCCUCCUGCCCGCCUCAACAACUGAGGCUCCCCGCACCAUCACCAUCGUCACCAUCAUCAUCGAACCUGCCCCAUCGGGGCGAUGCUCUGUCGGUCCGCAUCGCCCCGCUCAGACGCCGCGCCGGCAUGAGGAUAUCGGCUGCCGUGGCCCAGGAGGAGGUGGCCGCCCCCGCUGCCGCGGAAGUGGAAAAGGAGGAGGAGGAGGAGGAGGUGAAGGAGGGAGAGGGGGCUGAGGGCGUGACUGUGAAUACCAAGCUCUACUUUGGGAAUUUGCCCUACAACGUGGACAGUGCACAGUUGGCCGGUAUAAUUCAGGACUAUGGAAGCCCGGAGCUUGUUGAGGUUCUUUAUGACAGAGACACUGGAAGAAGCAGAGGCUUCGCUUUUGUGACAAUGAGCAGCAUUGAAGAUUGUAAUGCAGUUAUCCAAAACCUCGAUGGAAGUGAAUACAUGGGACGGACCCUGAGGGUGAACUUCUCGGACAAACCUAAACCGAAAGAGCCUUUAUACCCAGAAACUGAUUACAAGCUUUUCGUUGGAAACUUGUCCUGGUCUGUGACUUCCGAAAGUUUAACAAAAGCUUUUCAAGAAUACGGGAACGUAGUUGGAGCAAGAGUGCUGUACGAUGGCGAGACAGGGAGGUCGCGCGGUUAUGGUUUCGUGUCCUACUCGACAAAAUCGGAGAUGGAAACUGCUAUUGAAUCUCUUAACGGAGUGGAGCUAGAGGGGCGUGCUAUGAGAGUAAGUCUAGCUGAAGGAAAGCGGACAUAAAGUGAAAAUUAAGUCAAUGUUUGGGAACUCAGGAAAAGAUUGACGACCACGGCACGGGAGAAGCAACAAAA